AUGCUGAUGGAUGCUUACUUUGAGGAGCAGCCGGGAAUGGACAUCAACCAACGAACGGACGGAACUGCUGAAUAUCCGCCGCCCGGAAGCGUUCCCGGUGGUAUCCAACGGGCGUCCUACGCUGAGCACAAUGAACCGCAUAUAAACGUCAACGGAACCCUCAUGGCAUCAGCGGACAAGUUGGUAUACCUCGAAACCACAAUUUCAAGGGAUUUCACGAUCAACCAAGAAAUAGUCAACUGGAUAUCCAAAGAAAACUAAACCUUCGACCAACUAUAGGACUCGCUGUCGAAUCUCCGUGGACUCAAUCCCAACAAUAAACUCAACAUUUGUCGAGCCAUCGUCCUAUCAACGCUGCGGUACACGACAGAAAGCCGAAAGUGUACGAGAACCAAGCGGCCACGCUCAAUCACUUUAACUUUAGUUGUGUCCGGAAAAUGCUAGCCAAAUUGGCAGGUCAGAGUCCCAGCCACGGAAGUCCUGGGACGAACUGCAUUCCUCUGCAUCCUCCCUAUAAUCAAAUCAAAUUUAAUUAUGAUUGGCUGGUCACUUUCUGAAGGUGUAUGACGAGCGCCUUCCAAAGUGGCUAUGCUACAGCGUUCAAGCAGGUGUUCUUCGGCAUAAAGGACAGAAAAUACGUUAUAAUGACAAUCUGCAAAUUUCCCUCAGACAUCUAUUUCAACUCGGAGACCAGGAAGCUUCACGCCCAAAGUCUGACCGGCUUGCAAAACAGCCGAUAAGACUGGAACAGCGGUCUUCGAAGUCCACUGGGUAACUGGUGUCAAAAACCAAAAGAGCUGCUCGAAAGUCUUAAGAGCCUUUACCCUAACAAUUCCCAUCGUGUUCCGCACAUGGUUCGGCCUCGUCGAACAUCUUCAGAACCAAUGCAACAAGCACUCGAGAACACCACCUACUGCCUCCGCAAACGCCACCACCAUCACACCCGUCGAAAACUCCGCGACGUUUAUGCCUACGAUGGUGACGGCAACCAAGACCACAGUCGGUAAGCACAUGCCCGAUGUACAAUCGCCACCACCUACCAUUCCCAUCAUUGCUACCACGACACCCGCGGCGACGCCAAACCACACCCCGCCCCAAACCCCACAACCGCUCCGAAAACACCUGCCAUCCUGUUAACCACGACCAGCAUCGCGGACUUGAUCACUACCCGUCUCGUCGCGACAGCCACUUCACAUCACUCAUCGACCGGACUGGUCACUUCCAAAUCCACCGAGAUGAAACUCCGAAGGAGGGCCUGAAUCCUCACUGUGCACCCCCCGCCCCCCCCCCUCCUACUCACCUACCCGUGAUGCUCACACACAUUCAGUCCUCGUCUGUUGACCUACUCGGCCCUGUGCGUUGCCAUGAGAUUCUUCAAUAAACUAACGCAGACCAAAUCCCAUCACCACACAUUUCCCCGCCAACGCAUACCUCGCACAAACCCGUCCCAAAUCAUUCAACACAGGCAUGGAGUAGGUAACUCUCACGUAACUGGUGGGCUUGUCCCUCAACUACUUGUCUGACUAGCUUCUAUGGCAUAAUAAGACAUGUGAGGUUCGAACAGCCCGUCCCUUCGUGUGAAAAAACGUUUAUGUUGUAUGGAGCGCCAGCUAGUGUGAUACCCGCGCAGAUGGGCUAUUAAUUUUUCAACCAUUUUCGGAAACUCUCCGCACCAGUAACUAGCCGGCUCUGACAACAAACUGAUGCUCGGGAGAGAGAUCGAAUUUGGUUAAUCCUCCUCCACAAUACUUCAGACCACGUUCCUCGGUAAAAAUAGGCCGACGCGAUUUUAAACUAUCAAAUGAAACUUUACCCACGUCGGCAGUUGCUGACGAUCGUCCUUACAACAAACAAGCGUUAUUUUGCUUGAUCUCGCAGAUAGAAACGUCAUAGGGAUAAGAGUUUUCACAAGAUUACAUGUCUCUGGGUCGGUGGGAAACUAUCUAAUUUAUAUAGGCUUGGCAAAUAAUAUCUUAAACACACCAUUUUGUGCAUAUAAUGAGAACUUUUAUCUCGUUAAAUUAAAACGUCCCCUUGUUUUGGAUUAUGCUGAGAUUCAAAUCAGCCUUGAAAUAUCCAGUGGUUUCAACCGAUUGCCAACAAAGGAAGGUUCAGUAUUAUGUGUUCAUUAAAACAUCCAAAAUAAUGUACGGUUUGCUGGCCCUGACCGCAUUAGUAAGUGCAUGGACAUUCUUUUUAUGAAGAUGGUCAUUUGGAUCAUAUGUGAAGAUUCAGUCGGUAAGAUGUGGUUGUGUAUCCCCAUCUGAUGGACACAUUACUGUUGGAGGUGGGGCUAGGGGUUACGGCUAGGGAUUGAGGUUAGGGUUAGCGGUUAAGUCAACUAUUUCUGUACCACUCAAAAUACAACCGCGCAUUUUGAAUAGCUUUUAAUAGUGUAUAAAACUACUUGACCUCAUCACCUGUGCGUUCCCCGGCCUCACCUGUAAAAACCCCUAUUACCGCCAGUCCUGUCUUACUGGUGGCUGAGGUUUGUUUACUUCAGCUGGGACUACAUAACCACAUCUGACCACUCGCUCCAGCGUGAAACCGCAUUGUCAAAUAAAAUGAGUGCCCGCAACAAAAGGCAAUAACGAAUAUGCUUUCGCCCGCUUAGAAAACUUUUUCUUGUAAGCUACCCCAUCUGACCACUCGCAUGUAUUUGAAAGCCCUCGACGAGCGUGCAAAAUGCGCAACGUUUAAGGCGUCUGGAAACCCUCACGUCAGUUGCUGUCAUCAGGUUUCGCGUGAUGUACCCUUCUUCGACAUGAACGCAUUAUCUACUAAGCUAACACUACGGUGCAACAUUGAUCACUACCGCAUUCUGAUCAUCUGCUGGCAACAAAUGCGGGAUUAAUGACAGUUUUCUGAAUCAAAGUCACUUUUAUAAUCAAAAAAACACAAUGGCUCGCAAUUUAUUAUGACGAUUUUAAAGUAAGGAAAUACACCCAUUUUAAUUUACCUAAAUUCAGGACCCUGACGCCUCGUCUUGCCCUUGCGUGCGAAAUAACAAGGUUUGAGGUAUUUGGAAAACGAUUCGGUUGUCCCGUUUAUGGUCCUUUAAGUUUUCCCACUUGAGAUCAAGAACAACGGUUAGUUACUUCCGUAAAACAGUACGAUCUCGAACUAAACGCUUCAAGGCAAUUAAGACUGUGACUGUAUUCGGUGGAAAUUCAAGAAAUCCUUUAGAUCUAAACGGAUCGUUGCUUAAACGCGAGUUCUUAGGUAACAAUAUUUGUCUCGGAUGUUUUAAAUCAUGUGCACAGAUGCGACUAAAGUGAAGGAAAAGUGUUUUUACGUUAUCACAUUGCUUCCACUAGAUUCGUGAAGACCUAAACCCCAAAGAAAUACAAGUCGUCAGCCGCGUGCUCACGUCCGUUCAAUAAAUGCACAUGGAAAUGCAGUUGUUAAAACGAAUCGCGGUUUGAGAAAGUAAAAAGACCUUCAGAUCGGCAUUACGAAGCUUCUGCAAAAUAUAUACAAAGGGCUAUAUGAUAGUCUGAAACUUACAGUGACACGUUUCAUCGUCCGCAUCAACAAUAAUCUCUGGGGAGCUUUUCUAAAAUUAGCUUGUAGCAGGCAUACGACUUUGACUGACGGAGCUAUGAUCAACUAAGAGACAAGCAAGAGUCUAUCCACUAUUAACUACUAACUGCACUAUAUUAACGCCCAAGCCUGACGAGAAACUGUGGUAGCUACGCAGAGUAAAUAAUGGAUGUGAAAAUGCGCUGCAGCUACCGUAGUAUCGAGCAAAAUUGAAGACUGUCAGAGAGGUAUUUACUGUCCCAGUUGAAGAAAAUGUCGUGUGGUCCUCGUGCAGAUCAGGCAAUCUACCUGUUGAAGAAGUAGCCAAUCGAACUCAACCGACGUACUAGGUCCCAGCACAUAAAUUUCAAAAAAAACUUAAAAGUGGGCGUUAAUUGCUUUACACGACUCAUAACAGGGCGGAGGGCACGCGUUGACGUCGGAUGGCGUGCAGAGGAGCUACGAAUUUCAUAAUUGCCAUCUGCUGCAUUUUAUUUAUAAGUGCCAUUUUUUGCAAUUCCCGGUCUCACGUAACCAAAACAACAUAUAUACAUAGUUUCACGGAGGAGAGUAAGGCCAGACGAUGCGCGUUCCUCUUCUCCAACAACGCGUCCAAGGAUCAUUACGAGUUCAAGCACUUGGCGCCGUUGCACAGUAUGCAGUACUUCCUGUCCCUGAACAAGGACUCCGGCAAACUCUGCGAGGCAUUCAAGCGGGACCUUUUUCCCACUGAGGUGCCUGUAGCAGCCGAAGAGAGGGAUUUUCCUCUCGGUUUUAUCCUCAAUGUCUACAAAAGCAUCAAUCAGGUGGCGCGUCUGCUGCGUCUCAUAUAUCGGCCACAAAACUUCUACGUCAUUCACGUGGAUAGAAAGUCACCACAGGAGUUCUAUGACGCAGUCCAAGAAAUCGCAAAAUGCUUCGGUGCCAAUGUUGGUGUAGUUCUUCGAAAUGAAAGUGUCAGUGUCAUCUGGGGAGACUACACGGUCUUAGAGCAGGAACUCGUUGCCGCGCGAAUGCUCCUACAAAUGGGUAAAUGGCGGUAUUUCAUAAAUCUGACAGGCCAGGAAUUACCCCUAAAGACAAACUUGGAAUUAGUUCUGGCACUCAAAAUGCUAAAUGGCUCCAACAUCGUUGAGACCACAUUAAAACACCGUUUCAAAUGGCGACUACCCAGACGUAGACCAUCAAUCCCAGUAAGUAGUGUGAUCUAUUAAAUGAGGCUAUUUCAUGACAUCUUUAAUCAUACUGUGUCCUAUGAUACAAAACCGUGAUUAUGCAUCAACCACAUCCCAACCCCUCCCAGCGUCGAUAGGAAGAUUUUCGCGGUGACAGAUUUUCAUGUUGCCCUAAACGACAGAAGUUUGACUUAUAUUUUAUCUCGGCACAGUAUUCAAAAUUGGCUUAUACGACCGUUUUUAGUCUGAAACAUCCGAAAGCAGUUCGGCCAGAGUUUGAAGAAACUUAGGGCAUAAGGCGUUCAAAUUUCGAUCCAUCUACUUUGACCGUCCUUGUCGACGAUGUCCACCAUGCACACCACAGCAGGGUGAAACAGGUACGGCGACUUGCGCGUGGAUUAAUUAAUAGUGAUAGCAGACUUGAUCAUCAUCUACCGCACUCUCCUCCUCCCCCACCUGGACCCGGUGUCAAGGCAGAGUCAAGAAGACCAGAAAGGGGAAGGGGGCGCAGGUGGAUUGCACGGUCGAAUCCGCACCUUGGCGCUCCACUCCACACCUCCUGCUCCAGACUACAACUGACCAGGAUUUUAACCAACAGCAACGAUGGGGGCGGCAGGGGUCCUAGUGUGCACGACCACUGCCGGCGACCACGUCUGACAUCGCACCCCCUAGCUGUUGGCAUCUGUUAUGGCGUGCGUUCCGAUGACGCCUGCCAAAAUCCGAUAUGGCCCGCCCCCCCGUGUUGGUUCAGCGCAUCUACUAGAUGGCCCGUUUGGGAGGGACUUCGACCCACCUGGUCGCUUUAACUCACACAGUUCCUUUGAGCUCUAAGUCUACCCGCUUGCCAGAUUACUUGCGGACGGCAAGCUGGUCGGCAUUCGGACAUGGCCGCUGUGAGGACUGCAUUAAGUACCUCUAUGCCCACAGGUGCGACUUGUGAGGCCUGCAUGUGUCUCCGUCCUAAUAGCUUCGUUAGACCUCGGCAAUGACCGGACUCAGUCGGACCGAUUAGUCCGUCUUUUGGAUCUUCGUAAAACCGCGCAGCCGGCAGAUGUAAGAACCGACAAUUCGGUCGACUAAGUGCAUUUCACGCUUUGGCAAUGGACAAUCGACCGAGUUCUUUGAAAUGUCAGCAUUUAAGUAAGCCUGUUCCGGUGAGCCCAUCUUCUUCUUCUUCAAAACAACUCAGAUCUCUCAACAAUCCAAAUCUGAAAUCGGAUGUUUUCAAAAUUUCUGACAUUGUAUUCCUACAGAGUAAGAAUACCUGCGUGAAUCCUUUGAAAAUCGGCCAUUUUUCUCGACUUAACCUGCACAAUCUUUCAAAUUGUCGACUUAUUCAGUUUACUCUGGCCUGAUAGUGUGGAGUGUACCGUCGUUUCGUAGGCCAAUCUAUCAUUUACAGCUAUGCUCGUUCCAUUCCCCUUGAUAGCUGCCACGGUGUCGGAUAUAUACAAAUAUCACAUAUGUCAUAUGUCAAAUAUACACGGGCUCACCAUAGCCGAAGCAUCAAAUGCAGCUGCGUUUUUUCGGCGCUCGUCUACGUCAAUCAACCUUGGUUGCUCUGUCUUUCGCCAAAAUGGGAAUUUUAGUUUGAUCAAAAGUGUCUCUUCGUUUUACUAAAGCUUAUAUAAAUAUUUAAUGUUCCAUCGUUUAUACUUUCAAUUAAUAUGGCUCAAAAACGCAGUCCACGUUCAAUGUUCUUCGAAAAUAAUACGACUUCAUGAACCUAAAUUCCCACUUUUCGUUCCUUGAUAGGAUUCACUUGAAACUUUUCUUGCUUAUAUUAAUGUUCCCUUAUGCACAACGUUGAAAAAAUACUAAAGUUUGGCAGGAGGCACUAAACAACGUGGAAAAUUACUUGGAUAUGAGGAAACGUCCGGCCUUGUCUAAUCCUGGCCUGUUUCCGUUCCAUUAAACAGGUCCAAAAUAAAUUCUUCUCCGGCAAAAGACUUUCUGUGCCUCAACUUAAUUAAAUAAACGAAAAAUUACUAAAAGUAUGUCUAGACGUUAUUCUUUUUGCGGUCAUAUUUACUUGGUGUUUUGCACGGACAGUUAUUCUGCAUAAAAAAAACUGGCAUUCCCAGAAUUUUCAGACUUUCUGAAAAAAUGGUAUUUCUACACAACGUUUAGUGUUUGUUUUAAAGUUUAAAUUCCCUUGAAGUUGUUCCUAUACUAUUGACUCUCCGCUUAUACUUUCAGUUAAUAUGGCUCAAGAAUGUAAUCCACGUUGCUCUUUCGAGGGAAUUCGUUGAAUUCAUGCUGAACGACAAGAGAGCGCUCGAAGUCCGUGACAUGCUGAUUAAUUACUCCUACCACCGGCAUCCUGAUGAACAGUUCUAUGGAACGCUUGUCUACAACCCACAUCUUGGUGCCCCUGGAGCCUGUCCAGGCCUAUACAAAAAUGGCAGGGUGGACCAAGACUUUGAACGAGAAGAAGACAUUCUGCGCUAUAAAAUAUGGUCUUAUAGACCUUGUCCUACGAAGUACGUCCGCUGGAUAUGCAUUUUAGGAUCUCAGAGCCUGCCAGACCUGAUCAGAGCCCCAGAGCUCUUUGCGAACAAAUUUCACGAGGACUACUAUCCCGAGGGUUACAGCUGUCUGGAGUUUGCAAUCGCCAAUCGGAGCUACCAAGGUCCUGCCCCCGAUUUUGAUCCAUCAGUCUAUGCAAGGUUUCGCUGUUCCUUAGAACAUAUGUAA